AGACAUCACUAAUCUAUAUUAUUGUUUUUUCAUCAUUUUACUACGGAAACGUUUUGCUGGCCGACAUUUUCCACUUAAUACGGGAACUAAAAGUGUUGUGUUUUCAAAGUGGAGCACUGAUUGCCUAGAAUAAGUGGUAAUAUUCCUGAAUUCCGAUCCGAUUACCGGAGGGUUCGUCGUACUUAGCAGCAGCAACAGCAGAAUGUCUUCGUCGUUCGGGCAUAUGAACAACAGCCACGGCAGUGCUGCAUCGGGAGGAGCUGUGGUUCAUCAAAACAAUCAGCACGAUUACGACGAAACCGAUGGCGACGGCGACCAGCUGGAGCAGGAUCUGUUUGACGAGGUUCCCCUGCUGGAAGAGGACAACAUUGACGACAGCGAGGAAGAUACGGAGGAAGCGAGUGAGACCGAGAUGGGAUCCAGCAACCAUCGCAACAUAGACGAGCCGAUCGAAAUUAAAGAGCAGAUGUAUCAGGACAAGCUGGCUUCGCUGAAGAAACAACUGGAAGAGCUGCGAUCUGGAACGCAUCCCGAGUAUUUACGACGAGUAAAGAAAUUAGAACAUCAAUUUAACGAGCGAAUUCGUUUGAACGAUAUUUAUCGCGAGUACCUAAUCAGUUGCGUUGAACGUGACUAUAUUCUGGAGAAAAAUGCAGCCGUCAAAGAGUACGAAGAGAAAAAGGUCGAUUUACGGGAGAAUCUGAUGACGGACUUCGAGGAUCGGCGAAAGAUGAUUGAAAACGAAAGGGCUACGAUGGAACUGACGGGUGAUUCGAUUGAUUUGAAACCAACCGUGACACGCAAGCUGCGGCGACGUCCGAACGAACCGCUUCCGGUUCCGGAAAAGCGACGCAAACCGACCAGCGGCCAGUUGGUGCUGUUGUUGGACGAGAAAGAGGUGGAAAACGAUUUGAAGCUGAUCAGUCGUGGAAAAGCAGUUCAAUCGAUACGUCCUCAUUCGAAUAGUCUUUCCAUUGCUGGCAAUGGCAAUCAAAUGGGUGUCGGUGUCUCAACACUGGCCGGUAUAUCGAACCAUCCUUCAGCCAACAGUUAUCAAAUGAACAAUUCUUCGGGAGGAACCUCCCACACAAAUGAUGUCAGUAUUUCUAUGUAUUCUUCAGUGCCGAUGGCGCCAUCACAGCCGAUUAUUCCGAACCAAUCAAUUGCACCAUUGUCCAACAAUUCGGUAUCGAAUCAAGUCCAAAACCAGAAUCAUCAACCGAUGCCACCAGCACAGCAACAGCAGCAAAUGGUGCAUCCACCAUCCGUUAAUAACAGUCAAUCAACUGCAAACAGCAGCCUCAACCAACAACAACAGCAGCAGCAGCCUCAGCCGUUAGGAGGCCAACAACCACUGGUGGAAACCAGAAUCGAAGAUGGUAAGCUUCUGUACGAGCGGCGUUGGUUCCACCGCGGUCAAGCGGUCUAUGUCGAGGGAAAGGACAUUCCGCGCUUCGCCGCCAGCAUCAGCGCCAUCGGUAGCGAGGCCAUCUGGGUGAAGAAGACGGCCGACGGGCAGAAGGUGCGCUUCUUUACCAGCCAGCUGAGCCGUGGCAAGGUCUCGAUUAAGAGGCGUGCCAAUUAGUAGAAGCAGGCCCCACGCGCCCUAACUAUUACUACUACUUUCGCUAGCGCCUAGCAUCUAUCGGAUCUCAACUUCACCCCUGCAUUACAUAUGUGUCUGUUGUUGUGUCUCCAGCUGCAGUUCUGAAACUUUCUGGUCGCUUUUCUAUUUUUUACACAAACUAUUCGGACAACAAAUCUGCUGGAUCGUACGAAUCGUCACAGAAGUGAAACAAGGAAACUGGUCGGUCAGUCUAGAAUUGAAGCAUAAAUUGCAUUAUAAUGUAAGAUCUAAGUCGAACCCAACCGUACGCGGCAUCUGUAAUAUUCUAUAUGAUUGGAGAGAAAAAAAUGUUUUUA